AUGGCACGCUCCUCCGUGGUUCAGGAGUACGCACCACCCUCCGCGCCAACCAUCUCCGUCGACCAAAAGACCACAUCCGAACUCCAGAACGUACAGAUACCUCGACCAAAAGGCUACCGAGUAUCAUGGCACGCCAAUCCCGCCGUUGAGCCCCAUCACUUUGGCGUCUCACAUCCCAUGAAGCCAUGGCGCCUCACACUCACCAAACAACUCGUCAUGGCGUACGGCAUGCACCACGCGAUGGACCUGUAUCUGGCGCGCGCCGCGACAUAUGAGGAAAUGGCCGAAUUCCACGACUCAGACUACCUCGACUUCCUACAGCAAAUCAUGCCCAGCAACAUCAACAAGCCCGAGAACGCAGACAACGUAGCCCGAUUCAACUUCGGCGACGACUGCCCCGUCUUCGACGGGCUGUAUAGCUACUGCUCGCUGUACGCCGGCGGCAGCGUCGACGCCGCGCGCAAGCUCUGCAACAACCAAUCCGAAAUCGCCAUCAACUGGUCCGGUGGCCUCCACCACGCCAAAAAAGCAGAAGCCAGCGGCUUCUGCUACGUCAACGACAUCGUCCUCGGCACCCUCCAGCUCCUCCGCCACCACCCGCGCGUCAUGUACAUCGACAUCGACGUGCACCACGGCGACGGCGUCGAGCAAGCCUUCUGGUCAACCGACCGUGUCCUCACCGUCUCCUUCCACAAAUACGACAAAGAAGGCUUCUUCCCGGGCACCGGCUCACGCGAUGAGACCGGCCCCGCACACCCGCUCAACCCAGGCGCACACCAUGCCGUCAACGUCCCACUCAACGACGGCAUCGACGACGAAUCCUACAUCGCCCUCUACAAGGAGAUCAUCGGCGCCUGCGUCAAGACCUACCAACCCGGCGCAAUCGUGCUCCAAUGCGGCGCCGACAGUCUGGGCUGUGAUCGACUUGGCUGCUUCAAUUUGAACGUGCGCGCCCACGGCGCCUGCGUCGCUUUCACAAAGACCUUCAACCUCCCCAUGCUCGUCGUCGGCGGCGGCGGAUAUACCCCACGCAAUGUCUCUCGCGCCUGGGCGCACGAGACCUCCAUCCUGGUCGAGGCAGACAACAUCCUCAAUCCCACUAUCCCGGACACGGUCGCCUUCCGCAAUCACUUCGGCCCCGAUUAUUCGCUCUUCCCGCCGCUGUCCGAGAUGCGCAAACUAGAGAAUAAGAAUUCCCGCGCCUACCUCGAGGGCCUCGUCGAGGCCGUCCAUGAACAGCUACGCUACAUCAAGGGCGCGCCCAGUGUGCAGAUGAGUUUCAUCCCACCGGAUAUACUGGGUUUGCGCGAGGAUAUGGAAAAGGAAAUCGAGGAGCAGAUGGUUCACCGUGAGGAGGCGAGAGAGGAAUAUCACGGUGCCGGGUCAAUGGCUGCUGCGGCUGCCGCCGCCGCUGGGUCUGGUCUGGCCCAUACUGGCUCUGCUGGUGCUAUUCCGCGGUCGAAUCGCCGGCGGGAUGCAGAACGGGGGGCUGGUUCGAGGGGGGAGUUGUAUUCAUGA